CACCUUAAAAUCUAAUAACAGGGAAAAACAUAUGUCUCUUCAGAUCUCAGCAAUCCCAUCUUCUCCUUCUGCUCAAGAAACGAGCCACGUGGCGAAACGCCGGUCGGCGAAUUUUCAUCCAAGCCUAUGGGGGGAUUACUUCCUCAGAUAUGCUUCUGAUUCAUACUCGAUGAACUUCCACGGCAUAGAAGAACAAAUCGAGAAGUUGAAAGAGGAGGUGAAGAAGAUGGUGGCCGCUAUUGUGCCGACUUCGCAAAAACUGGACUUGAUAGAUCAAAUCCAACGGCUGGGAAUCGCCUACUGUUUACAAGGUGUGAUAGACGAGCAACUAGAACAAAUUCACAAGAGCUAUUUCGAACUUAAUGAUGGCGAUCAUAACCGCGAUGACCUUCACAUGGUUGCUGUUCUCUUCCGGUUGCUACGACAAAGCGGCUACAGGAUUUCAUGUGAGAUCUUUAAAAAGUUCAAGGACAGCGAGGGGAACUUCAGAGAAUCACUCACUGCUGAUAUACGAGGAAUGUUGAGUCUAUAUGAAGCUUGCCAUCUAAGGGUUCACGGAGAAGAUGUCUUGGACGAGGCACUUUCUUUCACUCUAACUCACCUUGAAUCAAUUGAUGAAAAUCAAGUGAGCCCCACUCUGGCAAAGCAAGUGAGUCAUGCCCUACAGCAGCCAAUUUACAGGGGUUUGCCCAGACUAGAAGCAAGGCAGUAUAUUCCAAUCUACCAAGAAGAGCCUUCCCACAAUGAAGCGCUACUCUCUUUAGCCAAGCUAGCUUUCAACUUGAUGCAAGAACAACACCAGAAGGAACUCGGCCAUAUUGCAAGGUGGUGGAAGGAAUUAGACGUUGCGAGGAACUUUCCUUUUGCGAGAGACAGGCUUGUGGAGUGCUACUUCUGGAUUCUGGGAGUAUGUUUUGAGCCAGAGUUCGUCCUCACUAGAAGAUUACUGACCAAAGUGAUUGCCAUGACUUCCAUUAUUGAUGACAUCUAUGAUGUCUAUGGUACAUUGGAAGAAUUAGAACUCUUCACUGAAGCUAUCGAAAGGUGGAGCAUUGAUGCCAUAGAUGGACUGCCAAAGUACAUGCAAGUAUGCUAUGAGGCACUUCUUGAUGUUUAUGAUGAUACUGAGAAAGCAAUAGCCGAGAAUGGAACAUCAUACGGGCUUUACUACGCAAAAGAAGCAAUGAAAAACCUUGUGAGGGCCUACUUUGCUGAAGCCAAAUGGUUCCAUCAAGAUCACGUCCCAACGAUGCAGGAGUACAUGGCCGUGGCAUUAGUAACCUCUGCCUAUGAAAUGCUAUCCACCACUUCAUUUGUGGGAAUGGGAGAUCUUGCAACAAAAGAUGCUUUUGACUGGUUGCUCGGCGGACCCAAGAUGGUGAAGGCCUCAGCAACGAUUUGCCGGCUCAUGGAUGACAUCGUCUCUCACCAGUUUGAGCAGAAGAGAGGACAUGUGGCGUCUGCGGUGGAGUGUUUCGUCGAACAAUACGGCGUCCCGGAACAAGAAGCGAAGGACGAGCUCCGGAGACGAGUAAUUGAUGCAUGGAAGGACAUUAAUGAAGAGUGUCUUGCUCCAACCGCGAUCCCAUCGCAACUUUUGACGCGAAUUCUCAAUUUCACGCGAGUGAUCGAUGUGUUGUAUACGGAUGAAGAUAACUACACUAGUGCCGGGACCAAGCUAAAAAAUUAUGUCACUUCUCUGCUGAUUUAUCCCUUACCCAUGUGAAAUUCGAACUUAAUUAGUUUUUUCUGUCUAAAGUUUCUUUCCAGUAUGCGAGCUAGCUGAAAGCAGCGAUGGAUAUCAUCGAAUGAUUAGAUAAUCAAUAUAAUCACUCUCCAUUUUCUUCA